UUUAGCAGAUCCAGAAUCUGGUACAGCUGCCAUGAUGAACAACAGCUCAAGAGGCUCUUCCCCUACCAGGGUGAUGGAUGAAGGCAAGCAAACUGUUCUCCAAGAGCCUGAAGUCUCAUCAGUUCCCAGAAUUACAUUUUCAGCUGAGCAUCCAGUAGCAGAUAAUAUGACUCCAAAAGGGCCCCCUCCUUUCCCAGGAUUCCCUCUUAUGAGCACCCCCAUGGGAGGCCCUGUACCACCACCCAUUCCAUAUGGACCACCACCUCAGCUCUGUGGACCUUUCGGGCCUCGGCCAAUUCCUCCACUCUUUGGUAAGAUGAUUUGAACAGUAGUGAUUAAC